AUGUCCCGAUUCCAUUCCAACCUCCAACCGCAUGCGCGCGACUCCCUGGAGUUGGCCAGCCUGGCCUCGAGCUCCCCUGGCCCCAGGACCUCCUCCUCCUCGACAUCUUCUCGAUCCGGCAUCUCAUCCUCGCGAAAACAGUCUCUAGAAGCAGACGAUCCUCUUGACUCGCGGAACCCAGCUGCGAAUACGAGGGGCAAUCGUUCGUUCUCAAACACUUCUGUCUUUGACUUCACCUCGAAUCUCUACCCCUUAUCUUCUACGGCCGGAAAUGGCUAUGCGCCGAUCGGAGCUCCUAUAUCAUCCUCGAACGGACAGAACGCGCUAGGGGGCGGAUCGUUGGAGAAGCACAAGACGUUGACAUAUCUGAACGGCCUGUCCUUGAUCGUAGGAUUGAUCAUUGGCUCGGGAAUCUUCUCGUCGCCGAGUCAAGUCAAUAUCAAUGCGGGAUCGCCAGGGGCGUCACUCCUCGUGUGGACUAUUGCUGGAGUACUGGCUUGGACGGGGGCGUCAAGUUAUGCGGAACUAGGAGGGGCUAUACCCUUGAAUGGAGGAGCGCAAGUGUACCUGUCAAAGAUCUUUGGAGAGCUGCUCGGCUUCUUGUUCACAUGGUGUGCAGUAGUGGUCUUGAAGCCGGGCUCGAGUGCCAUCAUAUCCAUUAUUAUGGGCGAAUACCUGGUCCGGGCAGCUAUCGGAGCAGAGGCUGAGAACGUGAGCUCUUGGAUCAACAAAAGCAUGGCCUUGGCUGGCUUGUUCAUCGUCACGUUGCUAAACUGCGUGUCCACGAAGAUCGGCACCAAGAUGGGGGACUACUUGAUGUUUUUCAAGUUCGUGGCGUUGCUAGGAGUCACAAUAAUUGGUGUCGUGGUCGCCCUGACGGGCUUCUCCUUCUCGGGGACUGCGAAUCAAGAUUGGAAAGACAAAGGGUGGUUUGAUGGGACGAGCAAGAGCACCAGUUCCUGGGCAGUAGCCCUCUACGCCGGUCUCUGGGCAUUUGACGGAUGGGACAACACCAACUACGUCGUAGGAGAAUUCCGCAAUCCUACGAGAGACUUACCCCGCGUAAUCCACACCGCAAUGCCCCUUGUAAUCCUCUCCUACCUCCUCGCCAAUGUCGCUUACAUCUUCGUGCUCCCCUUAAACACGAUCAAUCACUCCAACACCGUUGCCGUGAUGUUCGGUGGCAAAGUCUUUGGCCCCAUCGGCUCCCUCAUUUUCGCCUUAAUAGUUUCGGCCUCCUGCUUUGGCUCUCUGAACGCCGGGACUUUCACAUCCGGUCGUCUCGUCUACGCAGCUGGAAAAGAAGGACUCCUGCCCGCCGUCUUUGGCAAGAUUGGCGUAGGGGACAGCGAUGAGCCCAACAUCAAUACUCUCCGAACGCGGAACUGGUUCUCAAAAACCCUAGCCCGCCUGGUCGGGGACGAUGAAACAGGCCUCUUCUUCACACCCGUCAACGCCUUGAUCCUCAAUGCGGCCCUGACGUCCUUCUACAUCCUCGUCGGCGAGUUCGGCACCCUCGUGACGUUUUACGGCGUCGCAGGCUACACCUUCUACUUCUUCACCGUCCUCGGGCUCAUCAUCCUCCGGGUGCGCGAACCGAAUCUAGAGAGGCCGUACAAGACGUGGAUCACCACCCCCAUCAUCUUCUGCUGCGUGAGCCUCUUCCUGCUGAGCAGGGCUGUGUUCGCGGAGCCGCUACAGACGCUCAUCGUGCUGCUAUUCAUCGUGGCCGGCGUGCCGAUCUACUACUGGAGGAUCCGAGGACGGGACCAGGGCCUGAAGCGCGAGAGAGGGGACGAGGAUUUCGGGUGGAAGUUCUGGAGACGCUGGCAGCAGCGGUAG